GGGGUGGGGGAGGGAGAGGAGGAGCCAGUGGAGGUGUCUGCUGCAAGUUCCUGGCUGCUUCUGAGCUCACCCCAUCCUCCAAGAGGGAGGAGGCCUGAGCGGUGAUGCUGCGCUGCUGUCGCUGCCGCCUGCCUCUGCUGACAUUCUAGUGGGGCUGGAAGGGUGGUUCCUGUUCGCCACAUCGCCAACCAGAGAGGAGGAGGAAAAAAAAAUCCCAGCAGCCGCUGCUGAUGUUGGGUUCGGAGGCUGCAUCCGACUCGGUCACAAGGAAAAUGGAUUCAGUUUGCAUCUCUCCCUCCUUUCUACAGCGUCUCCGAGUCUCAGUAUGGGCUUCCAGGGCAGAUGUGGACACCUUACCAAGGAGCGCCAUGCAGUAGAUGCUGAAACCACGCACCCCAGGCUAAGAAUCAGUAACAUGGCAGCACCUGCUUGAAAGGAUUACAAACCAACAGACUCCACUUAGAAAGGAACAAUGUCCAAGAAAGGGCGAAAUAAGGGCGAGAAGCCCGAGGCACUCAUUGUCGCCCUUCAAGCUGCCAAUGAAGACCUCAGGACCAAGCUCACAGACAUUCAGAUAGAGCUGCAUCAAGAGAAGUCCAAGGUAUCAAAGCUUGAAAGAGAGAAGACCCAAGAAGCAAAGAGGAUUCGUGAGCUGGAGCAGCGCAAGCACACAGUCCUGGUCACAGAACUCAAAGCCAAGCUCCAUGAGGAGAAGAUGAAGGAGCUGCAGGCCGUGAGGGAGAAUCUCAUCAAGCAACACGAGCAAGAAAUGUCAAGGACAGUGAAGGUGCGGGACGGAGAGAUCCAGAGGCUCAAGUCGGCUCUGUGUGCUCUCCGGGAUGGCAGCAGUGACAAAGUAAGGACAGCGCUCACCAUUGAGGCCCGGGAGGAGGCCCGGAAACUGUUUGACGCAGAGCGCCUUAAGCUCUUACAGGAAAUUGCGGACCUGAAAACGGCCAAGAAGCAGGUGGACGAGGCUCUGAGCAAUAUGAUCCAAGCGGAUAAAAUCAAGGCUGGGGACCUCAGGAGUGAGCAUCAGUCCCACCAAGAAGCCAUCUCCAAGAUCAAGUGGGAGUCGGAGCGGGAUAUUCGGAGGCUGAUGGAUGAAAUCAAAGCCAAGGACAGGAUCAUCUUUUCCCUGGAAAAGGAACUGGAGACCCAGACAGGCUAUGUACAGAAACUCCAACUGCAGAAGGAAGCGUUGGAUGAACAGCUCUUUCUGGUUAAGGAGGCUGAGUGCAACAUGAGCAGUCCCAAACGGGAAAUCCCAGGAAGGGCAGGAGACGGCUCCGAACACUGCAGCAGUCCUGAUUUGCGAAGAAAUCAAAAGAGAAUAGCGGAGUUAAACGCCACUAUAAGAAAAUUAGAAGAUAGGAACACUUUGCUUGGAGAUGAACGAAAUGAAUUGUUAAAACGUGUGCGGGAAACGGAAAAGCAAUGUAAACCUCUCCUGGAAAGGAACAAGUGCCUCGCCAAGAGAAAUGAUGAGCUGAUGGUGUCUUUGCAACGCAUGGAGGAGAAACUAAAAGCCGUCACCAAGGAAAAUUCAGAAAUGAGAGAAAAAAUAACAUCGCACCCACCUUUGAAGAAAUUAAAAUCUCUGAAUGACCUCGACCAAGCUAACGAAGAACAAGAGACAGAGUUUCUAAAACUUCAGGUUAUUGAACAGCAGAACAUUAUUGACGAGCUCACAAGGGACAGAGAAAAGCUCAUCCGUAGGAGAAAGCAUAGAAGAAGUUCCAAGCCAAUUAAGAGGCCUGUUUUGGACCCAUUCAUUGGCUAUGAUGAGGACUCUAUGGAUUCAGAGACAUCUUCCAUGGCCUCCUUCAGAACAGACCGAACACCAGCUACUCCCGACGAUGACCUCGAUGAGAGUUUAGCAGCUGAAGAAUCUGAGCUACGAUUUCGACAAUUGACAAAAGAAUACCAGGCCCUCCAAAGAGCAUAUGCCCUGCUACAGGAGCAGACAGGAGGCAUCAUCGAUGCUGAGCGAGAAGCCAAGGCUCAAGAGCAGCUCCAAGCAGAGGUGCUGAGGUAUAAAGCCAAAAUCGAAGAUCUGGAAGCAACGCUGGCUCAGAAAGGGCAGGAUUCACACUGGGUAGAAGAUAAACAACUUUUCAUUAAGAGAAACCAGGAGCUUUUAGAAAAGAUAGAAAAACAAGAGGCAGAAAAUCACCGGCUACAACAGGAACUACAGGACGCCAGAGACCAGAAUGAGCUGCUGGAGUUUCGAAACCUAGAACUAGAAGAGAGAGAGAGGCGAUCCCCUCCAUUUAAUCUACAAAUCCACCCAUUCUCAGAUGGUGUGAGCGCUCUACAGAUCUACUGUAUGAAAGAAGGUGUCAAGGAUGUGAACAUCCCUGAUCUCAUAAAGCAGCUUGAUAUCUUGGGCGAUAAUGGGAAUUUAAGAAAUGAAGAACAAGUGGCCAUCAUUCAGGCCAGUACUGUGCUGUCCCUAGCAGAGAAGUGGAUCCAGCAGAUUGAAGGAGCAGAGGCUGCCCUACACCAGAAAAUGAUGGAAUUGGAAAGUGACAUGGAACAAUUCUGCAAAAUAAAAGGCUAUCUGGAAGAAGAACUAGACUACAGAAAACAAGCUCUCGACCAAGCAUAUAUGAGAAUCCAGGAACUAGAAGCUACUUUGUACAAUGCUCUGCAGCAAGAAACUGUUAUCAAGUUUGGUGAAUUAUUAAGUGAAAAACAGCAAGAGGAGCUGAGGACGGCAGUAGAAAAGUUACGGCGGCAAAUGCUGAGGAAGAGCAGAGAGUAUGACUGUCAGAUUCUCCAGGAGAGAAUGGAACUCUUACAACAAGCCCACCAGAGAAUCCGUGACUUAGAAGAUAAAACAGACAUUCAGAAAAGACAGAUAAAGGACUUAGAAGAAAAGUUUCUGUUUCUAUUCUUGUUCUUCUCUCUUGCCUUUAUUCUAUGGCCUUGAUGUCAAGGUGCCUCUUAAAGAAUAACCGAAAACAAGGAACAGACCCCAGAAAGGCAAAUGCUUCUAAACCUUCAAAGAUGGCAAAAUUGUUUACACCAGUGCGAAGGAGAUCAAAAGCUAAGAAGUACCCUGUAGCCAAGACUGCAACUUGUACUUUAAAGCCAUUAUUCAAGGUUUCUUACUUGACAGUUCCUACAUGACCCUGUUGAAAAUCUACAAUAUAUGCUGCAUUUAAUGAAACAUGUAUAUGUCAAACCAGAAGAAAAGAACUAUAAACAUAUAUUGUGUAAAGAAAAAAAUCAGCAGUGAAACCAGUUUCAGCAGAUCAAGCAAAGAUGUGUCUUGGGCAUGGAACCAAAGUUACAAUGAAACAUUCAACCCCUGCUGUGCAGGGGGGGUCAUUUUAAUGUAACACCACACCCCGUGGAAAUACCAGUCCUCAAAAUAAACACAAUUUUAAAAAAUCAAAACAAAACCAACAACAACAAAAAAAUAAGGGUGGGUGGGGAAUGAAGCACGAGGAAUACCUAUGAGGAGCUAUUUACAAUAAAAUGUUUCAUUUGAAAA